GUUUUCCAAGAAUUCGUUUUCCAGGCCUAAUAUACUGUGAUCAAGAGCCAUUAUGGCUCUUAAAGUGAUCGAAGAUGAUUGCUAUUUUUUGGGUGUACAUAUAAGGCUAUCAACUCGAUGUAAGAUUUCAGUUUCACUCUAAAAUCACUUAGCCUUAGCUUUCCCUAAAAAGUCACAUAUGUGCCCUUAAGUUAUCUGUUUCGUGGAUUACAAGUUUAUCGUUUGAUUUAAAUUAAAAAUUUAUUAAUGGGAGCUUCGCUUUUAGCCCUGGCAACUCGGAAAUGGCCUAUUCUGUUCUGUUUUUUAAGGAAGGUGCACAGGACUUUGCACAAGUGUAACACCCAAUAUAAUGGAGGGCCUCUAGCACGGCCAGCAUCAUUGCGGUUACUCACCGGCAUCGAGUAGAAAAAGAGAACCACCAAUGCGAUUAAUAAUAUGAGUAUCAAUAACUUUAUUAUCUACCACUUGUAACGUCGCCACAGUAUGUAUCUCAGGCUUUUAAACGGGGAGGAAAACCACGCAAAAGAGGUAGCUGGUCGGCUAAAAGAGAAAGAAAACGUGAUUUAUGAGAAGAUUAAUACUCAUUCAAGAAAGAAGUGUACUUACUCUUUUGGGCCCGAAAUCAAACAUUCAAUUUAAAUCAAAAAUUAAAUAAUUACAUUGCAGGCUAGGAAACAAACCAAUUUUAUUUUGUCAACUUACAGUUUUUGCAGUUUUGUCAUGUUCAGGUUUGCAGAUAACAGAAUAGCCUAUUUGUUCAAACCUCGACAAAAACUAAGCUUUCCAGGCCCGUUAAUUAUCGGAAAUUUCAAGAAACGGGUCAUCUUAUUUUUAUUAUUAUUAUUAUUAUUAUUAUUAUUAUUAUUAUUAUUAUUAUUAUCAUUAUUAGUUCUAUUAUUUUUGUCUGACGAAAACGAUAACAGAUGAAUAAAGGAGAUUGAUACUCACUUAGGAGGAUCAAGUUUGGGAUGCUGGUUGGGUUCCUCUCGUCGUUUUCCAGCCGGUCUCUCUUCAGAUUCUUGUUUUGUUAGAAGCUCUAACGUCAUUUCCAACUUUCCCUGCCGUAAAACCAAGAUGCAAGUAUUGCAAAAAAAAUUAUCUUUAAGAAGUUUUUUCGUCUGAUGAAUUUACAAAACUCUAUAAAGCGUUUUCACAUGACGUCACGGCGGCCAAAUUGGUGUUCCAAACCAAUAAAAUGGCGGCCAUGUUGGUGUUCCAAACCAAUCCUGUGGUAGUCGAACUCUUUUCUUAUGUAAACACUUUCUUUUGUUCCAAUAAAUUUGCACAGAUGCUGACCACGUGAGUGAAAACGCUCUAUAUGUAUUGAAGUCAAGCAAAGGAAGGUGAAAGGAUUAGUUAGGUUCUUUAGAAUGAGAAGAAACGUUUAAAGAAAGUCACCAAUUUGUUCUGAAUUAUCAGCCUUUUUCCAUAUAAAAUAGUCACGGACAUUUACCAAAUUCAGCUGAAAAGAGGUGUGUAAAGUGAAAAAGAAACAAUUCCCAUGUUUUGUGUUAAACAAGGCCUAAUUUCCAGGCGGUCUCUAGAACAAGGAAUUCGUUUGAUCUACUGUCAAUUGCAUGUCAUUUAACAAUCCUACUUACCAUAUUCCUGCUUUAGAAAAUCCAUUUGUUUCAGCUUGUUUUUUUUCCAAACGAGGAAUAUACAGUAGAAUCCCACGAACCCUCGAUUUUUUCAAAUUUCUUAAUUUUCUUUCACCAGUUAAACAAUGAAAUUAUACCCCUGAUUUUUUCAAUCUCCCUAUACCCGAUAGGAGGCUGAUUUCUCUAACCCUCGGUUUUUUUUAAACUUUUCGCCAAUAAUUCGAACCAAACCUAAAUUCAGCCCUUCACUAGUCAAACACUCGUGUAAUUCUACCUCGGAAUUUUUUAACCACCCCAUAAUUCCAAGAAAUUUGCUUUUGGCAAGUUGGUUAGAAAAAUCAAGGUUCCACUGUAAAUAAAUAUCGUCUGUGGUGGGACCGGGAAAAUAUGAGAACAAAUAAUAACUUAUAGCAAGGCUGAAAUCCCAACUGGCGGAAGAAAAACAAGAAUGGGUUUCCCAAAGCGUGGCCAAAGAGCUAAACAAAUGCGAACAAGUUAUGGCUUCCAUGGUCAAAGGAAGAACGGAAGAUGACGUUCUAUCAAUGCUUGUCUAUGGGCAAAAGUACCAGAUAAAAUCACGAAUAUCGACGUGCAUUUAUGAAGCUCGGCGUUUAACAUUAAAGGAACUGAAAGGGCACAAAAGUCCUGACGAGAUCGAGCCGGACAAUUAUGUGAAGAUCGCUGAGGGCAUUAUACAUCGACUUGAGGCAACUGUCGAGAAGCAGUGCAAGGCGAACAAAGAAAUAAAAGAAGGAUGUCUAAAGCAUCUUAAACUAGCUGGCGAGAGCAUGACCAAACAAGGUUUUUUUCGAGGUUGCAUUUGUGUCGACAAAGGAAAGAUAGCUGGUGUAGCACGUUGGUGGGCAAACACUAACACAACUGAAACAUAUCUGUAUCGUGUAAAGGAAGAUACCAGUGUGGGCCCUACAGGUGCUAAGGUUUUCACCUCUGCAUCCCUUGAACCCGUUGCUACUGAAUUAAUUGAACUAAAAAACACAUUACUGGAUCUGUAGAAUCCCUUAUGGACAGCCAAGAAAUCUGUAUGGUAAUUAUUUUGUCAGCAAAUUCUGGCCUAGUAGGCCAGGAUUAAAUCAUAAAACCUUUUGUGAGUCUUACCAAACUGAGGUGAAUAGUUCCUUGAAAAACGUAGGUUUCGAAAAAUUUUGGCCUGAUCUCGAAAUUUCAGACGCAUUCGUGAUAGGUGCUAAAGUCUCAUUUUCAGGUGAUCUUGUGUCUCGGAGUCUCAUCUUUUUUUAAGUUUUGGACUCUAAUUUUGAAACCGGGGUCUCACAGUCUCUCAAGGUCUCAAAUUUACCAUUCUAUACCCCUAAACUGGGCAUAUUAAGUUUAAAAAAAUUCCUACGUCAAUCACAAUUAAGUUUGUCUGACUUAUGAGUUUUGUUCAACCAACAAGUUCUAUCAGUCUUCUUCAGACGAAUAGAACAUGUGAAGAUCGUCUCAGGGGCAAGCGUUGAUCUGCUCAUGAGACAAAUAUUAGUAUUAUAUGAUAAUGUCCAUUCAGCCUUGUCAGGGAGGGAAUUAAUUGCUGAUCAUGUGCAGUUAGUUUAAAAGGCCAUUUGAUUAGAAAAAAGGCUCUGCAGGCAAGAAUGCCAAAACCUCAAAAUGCUGACUUCCCCUUGGAGAAAGAAACUGAACUUCUCAAAUCUCUCUUUAAAUGGCAAUGGAGGCACCUGUAGUCAUUUGAGUAUGUUUUUUAUGGAAUGUAUUUUCCCCCCAUGUUGUCGUUAUAAAGCUGUUGUUGUUUAUCUUGAUGCAACCAUUUUCCCAAACAAAGCAAAACUUUAUGUGUUCAGGCUUUGAUUAAAAGUGAUGUUCUUACUAGUUGACAAGUUUUGUAUGCAUAAUUAAUGUACCAAACCAUAACCUUUAGUCUUAUAAAAGCAAAGAACUUCACCAGAAUGAUUGAGGAGAAAAGUACAAAUAGAUAAAGUACUCCAAAAAUGGACAACAGGGCACUUUUCUUUAAACAUGGGGUAAUAAUACAAAAUCUACAUGGGGAGAGGUAAUAAUACUCUCUAGGGCUGAUCAUCCCCCAAGGUAGUUAGACUGAGAUGAUAAUCCUCUCGAAGGGGUGAUAGUCCCUUAGCGAUAAACCUCUCUAAGGAGUGAUCAUCCCCAGGGUCGUGAGAGGUGAUAAUCCUCUCAGACUCUAAGGGUUGAUAGUCCCCCAGGGAAGUGAGAGGUGAUAAUCCUCUCCAGGGAGUGAUCAUCCCCCAGGGUGGUGAGAGGUGACAAUCCUCUCUAAGGGGUGAUAGGCCCCCAGGGAAGUGAGAGGUGAUAAGUCCUCUCUAAGGGGUAGGGCAAAUGUUCUUCUCCAAAUAUAUUUUACUAUUACAGGGGUAAACAAAAUCGUUUGUUACACCGAGGACUUUGUUAUAUAUAGGUUUGUUAUAUUUAGGUUCCACUGUAAGAGGUGAUAAUCCUCUCCAAGGGAUGUGAUAGUCUGCCAUGAUAGUGACAGGUGACAAUCCUCUCUUUGAAAAUCCUCCCUAAGGGGUGAUAGUUCCCCAGGGUAGUAACAGGUGAUAAUACUCUCAAAGGGUGAUAGUCCCCCAUGGUAGUGAGAGGAGACAAUCCUCUCUAAGGGGUGAUAGUCCUCCAGGGUACUGAGAGGUGAAAAUACUCACAAACGGGUGAUAGUCUCCCAGGGUAAUGAGAGGUGAUGAUCUUCUCUAAGGGGUGAGCAUCCCCCAGGGUAAAGAGAGGUGAUAAUCCUUUCUAAAAGGUGAUAGUCCCCAGGGUAGUGAGUGGUGACAAUCCUCUCUAAGGGGUGAUAGUUUGCCAGGGUAGUGACAGGUGAUAAUCCUCUUUAAGGGGUGAUAGCCCCCCAUGGUAGUGAGAGAUGAUAAUCCUCUCAAAUGGGUGAUAAUCCCCCAGGGUAGUGAGAGGUGACAAUCCUCUCUAAGGGGUGAUAAUUUGCCAGGGUAGUUAGAGGUGAUAAUCCGCGCUAAGGGGUGAUGCGGCUACACGUAGGCUAAAGUGAUAAUCCUCUCUAAGGGGUGAUAGUCCCCUAGAGUUAAAAAAGGGGGUAAUCCUUUGUGAGGAAUUAUAUUCCCCCAAGUUAAUAAGAGGUGCCAAUCCUCUCUAAGGGGUGAUUGUUUGCAAGGGUUUUGAUAGGUGGUAAUCCUCUUUAAGGGGUGAUAGUCCCGCAGGGUAAUGAGAGAUGAUAAUCCUUUCAAAAGGGUGAUAAUUCCCCGGGUAGUGGGAGGGGACAAUCCUGUCUAAGGGGUGAUAAUUUAACACUUAAAAUUGAAGGCAAGGUUGAUCGGACAGCUAAGGUUUACAAAUUUAUUUGCCCAAUAUUUCGAAUAGACAAAACUGGUCUUCAUCAGGGGCUGGAAAAGCUAAGUGAGGAUAGAAUGAACGGUUACAGUAUAUAAAAUAAUACAAAAAUAAAAUUUGAUUGGUGGAGGAAUACAAUGGACAAAAACUUGGAAAAAGAGGUUACAUAAAAAUAUAUGUCAAUAGAUUAAUUUUCAUCUUGUCUGUGCUUCCCAUAGGGUUCAAGUGUUUUGCCUUAUUAGUUCUAAUGGAAUUAGUUCUAUGUCCUUGAUGGAAUGAUGUGGAAGGGAGACGUGGUCUGAAACGGCAGUUGAUAAAAGUGAUUUGGGUUCCUGGCUUUUGCUAUUGAGCAUUGGUGCUCUCACUGAGGUGGCAUUUAGUUUCACCGAUGUAUUACAUGUUACAUUCAUUGCACUGGGUCAUGUAAAUAGACUGGAAGAUGAACAGGAGAUGUGGCGUCGGAUGCGUCGUGGUUCGUUCGUAGAGAAGAAGGUGUAAGACGUGGUUCCUUCUGUAAUAAGUUGCCAGGGUAGUGAGAGGUGAUAAUCCUCUCUAAGGGGUGAUGCGGCUACACGUAGGCUAAAGUGAUAAUCCUCUCUAAGGAGUGAUAGUCCUCUAGGGUAGAAAGAGGUGAUAAUCCUCUCUAAGGGGUGAUAGUCCCCCGGGGUAGUGGGAGGUGAUAAUCCUCUCUAAGGGGUGAUAGUUCCCCAAGGUAAAGAUCAGAGAGGUGAUAAUCCUCUCUAAGAGGUGAUAGUCCACCAGGGUAGUGACAGGUGACAAUCCUCUCUAAGGGGUGACUGUCCCCCAGGGUAGUGAGAGAUGAUAAUCCUCCAUGAAAGGGGCGAUAGUCCCCCGGGUAGUGAGAGAUGAUAGUCUUCUUGAAGGGGUGAUAGUCUCCCAGGGUAGUGGGAGGUGAAAGGUGAUAAUCCUAACUAAAGGGUGAUAGUCCCCCAGGGUAAUGAGAGGUGCAGAUAAUCCUCUCCAAGGAGUGAUCAUCCCCCAAGCUAGUGAGUGGUGACAAUCCUUUUUAAGGGGUGAUAGUCUGCCUAAGUAGUGAGAGGUGAUAAUCCUCUGAAAGGGGUAAUAGUGCCCCAGGGUAGCGAAAGGUGACAAUCCUCCCUAAGGGUUGAUUGUCCCUCAGGGUAAUGAGAGAUGAUAAUCCUCUCUAAGGAGUAAUCAUCCCCCAGGGAAGUGUAAGGUGACAAGCCUCUCCAAGGGGUGAUAGUCUGCCAGGAUAGUAAGAGGUGACAAUCCUCUUUAAGGGGUGAUAGUCCGCCAGGAUAGUGAGAGGUGACUGACUGGCUUAAUGUUGGACUUAUGUGAUUGACCUUACGUGUUCUAGAUAAUGAAGAUAAUCAUUUGAAUGUUACAUAUUUUACUAGAAUGUUUGAAGAAGUUAUAACCUGAUACGUAAUUAGUUGUAUAUAGAGGGUAGCAAAGGGUUUAUGCGUGCCGUUUAUGUCUUUUAUCGUGCUUGGUUUAGCAUAAUUAUAGCCAUUUGCGGGGAAUAAAGUACAUGUAUUGUAAAUAAAUACAUUGUUGUUGGUGUUGUUGCUUUCACAUUUAUUAUUUAUCUAUUAAAAUAAGAAUAGGAAAUUCUAGAUUUCCAAUUGGCUGCUUAACAGCCAAUCACAAGGGGUGGAUCACGGAUCCUCCUGUGCUUGAAAACAUGAAGGUGCCGUUUAUACGAGAGAAAUUAACCCGCGGCAUAUAGGACGCAAAAGGAACCGUUUAUACGAGUGCGGCUUACAUAAGACGCAAACUGCUGGUAUGGGGUUCACGGCUUUAAUGGUUCGCGGGCAGACCAGUCUAAUGAUGACGUAGUUUGUUUUGGUGUCUCGUGUAAUUUGCAAUAAUUUUUAGAACGAAACGAUUGGCUUUGGUCUGGAAAAUCGCCAUAUCUUACACUGUCUUUUUCGUUUCAAAAUAACAUUUUGGUCAAGAUUAGUGCUGGGCUGUUGCGAAACCGAAAACCUCAACGAAAAGUUUGUCAGCGACCAAUCAAGUGCUGGAAAGAGAUGUUAUAGCGAUGGGUGUACAAAAUGUCCGGCUCUCUCGUGCAUUUUCACGCCCCUGCAGCGCGCGUCUCUCGGCGGUAACAGCGCAUGCCCAGCAUUCGUUCACUGCCUCAGCAUAAGCUUCAGCAAGCCGCGGACAACGUAAGGUAAGGUAAGCUGCGGCUUUGAUAAGCUCAGCACAAAAUUCCACGGCCAGGAUAAACUGUGGCUUGAGUUGGCCGUGGGUUGAAUAAACCGUGAACUUAGAUUUUGUGCCAUUUACAUGUAUACGGGGGUGGAGGGGGGGAGGGGCUACGGGCCUGACUGCUGUAUAAAUUACCUUUAAAAUUGGUCAAAUAACUACAGAAUGUUCGCAGUUAAAAUGUUUAUUAAAACAAGAAAAUUAUGCAGCCAGUACAGUCUGAACGUAUGUUUAGGCGAGCGAUCGCCCAGUUUCAUGCAGUCAGUUCGAUUGCAUGGGUGGAGUGGUAAAGAGAAGAGAAGGCACAAGGCUGAAAAAACAGCCGGGGGGGAGGGGUUGCUCUUUCUCCGUCUUGAUUCCCUGCCUCCUGUGACUGGUGUAUUACUACAGGAUAAAA